CUUCAAGCGCUCAGUAACCUUACUGAGCGGUACUCCUGAAGGGUUGCCAAAAUACCAUCUAACGGGUCGGUUCGUGUUAUCCAUACACAGAAUCUCCGCUUGGACUUCAGUCCUGAAGGGUCGCGAAAACUGAGACUUCUUAUUUCUCAUCUAGAAGCAUAGUUUCUGCUUGUGAGAUUCUAGUAGGAAAUGAGACCCGUGCGAGAUACAUGGACCGAAGGACAACACCUCAAAGAUAAUUCCCCUCCCAGUAGAGAAAAUUGAAGUCCUAUAAGGCAGACGUACUGGCCGGAACUCCUUUAUAAUUCUCCUUAUGUCUGAUACAGUGGUAUUAUAGUUUAUUCGAUGAACCAUCUAACUUGUCCUUUUUGGAUGAGGAGAAUUUCUGGAAUUAAUUCACAAUUCCCUAAACGCUAUUCAGAUAUCAGUGACUUCAGAAGUGUACUUUCUAAAUCACACAAUGUUCUGGUAUUGACUGGUGCUGGUAUAAGUGCUGAAAGUCAUGUUCCAACCUUUAGAGGAUCAGGUGGAUUAUGGAGGAAUUUUUCUUCCCAGGAUCUUGCUACACCCGAUGCAUUUCAUUCAAAUCCUGGUUUGGUUUGGGAGUUUUAUCAUUACCGUCGUGAAAUCGUCCGUCGUAGAUGUCCUAAUGCUGGACAUUUAGCUCUUGCUCAUGCAGAGAAACAAUACACUGAGUGUGGUCGUUCAUUCUUUGUCAUUACACAGAAUGUGGAUAGCCUUCAUGCCAAAGCAGGGAGUGUUAAUAUAUUGGAAUUGCACGGAAAUCUUUAUAAAACACGAUGUUUAAAGUGCAGUGACAUUCGAGUGAAUGUCGAUAGCCCAAUAUGUGCAGCAUUACUUGGUCGCGGUUCACCAAUCAUUGAGAAUAUUCCGUACGAGCCAAUUCCUAUAUCUCAGUUACCACGCUGUAAAAAUCUUAUUAAUAAUAAUAUAUGUGGUGGACUGCUACGACCACAUGUCGUUUGGUUUGGAGAAAAUCUUGAACCACAUAUCCUUUCUAAAGCCGAUGAAAUAGUUCAGAAAGCUGAUGUUUGUCUGGUUGUUGGUACUAGUUCUGUUGUUUAUCCCGCUGCAAGUUUUGCUCCAUCUUUAGCUAACCGUGGAAUUCCUGUCGCUGAAAUCAAUGUGGAAGUUACUCCAGCUACUCAUUUAUUACAAUAUCAUUUUCAAGGAAAAUCUGGUGAUAUUCUACCGGAACUGUUUGAUUCCUUAGCUUUAACUUAGUCGAUAUUAUAAUUAAGUAAUGCUGUUUUUUGUAUGUACCUACCUUCAACUUCAUUUAUUUGUUUUGUAAUCUUUGUUUACGUUGAAUCUUUUGUAUAGUCUAUUCUAAUUACACUUUCUAUUGGGAUAUCAGUUGGACAAAAAGAGAGAAAUCAGUAAAUGAACCAAUAAAAUUUAUUUUGUGCAUAAAAUGCAAAGUGUUUGAAAGGUGAAAUAAAUAUCAUGAAUUAUCAAAAUUAAAAAGAGUAAUGCUUUUUAACACCAGGGUCUGAAAAAAAUGUUUAGUUAUUUUUCUAUCUUCAUUAUAUUUUUUUGUAGUAUCAUUUUACAAGAUUGACAAAUUAAAUUGCCUACCCAUCCAGCUAGAAUUACUCAGUAAAUUACAUGGAUAAAUGAUUGUAUUAUUGAUGUAUAUCAUAAAAUCAUUUUGUUGUACUUUCUUUUCAGAGAAGUUCUCAUUAAUAUGGAUGUUAUUUUGUCUAUUUCAAACAGAUUAUAUCUUUUGUUUAAUUCACAGAAGUCAUUUAUGACAGAGAACUUUACUUUUAUCGGGAGGAGGGCCUCCUAUACCUUUUUCAUUUGCCAAGAUUUUCAGUUUCAUUUGCUUUUUGUGCUGUAAAGCAAGGUGUCACCUGGCCCGUCCUCAAACGGUAAUAUUUCAAUCGCAAUUUAA